GUCUGCACGACGUGUCCCAUGAUCAUGUCCAACCGCUGCAGCUUCAACGCCCACCAGAGGAUGCACAAGAACCGACCCCCCCACGUCUGCCCCGAGUGCGGGGGCAACUUCCUGCUGGCCAACUUUGAGGCCCACCUGAAGGAGUCCUGCCUGCACUUCUCCCGCAGGGUGGGCUACAGGUGUCCCAGCUGCUCCGUGGUUUUCGGCGGGGUCAACUCCAUCAAGUCCCACAUCCAGACCUCCCACUGCGAGGUGUUCCACAAGUGCCCCAUCUGCCCCAUGGCGUUCAAGUCGGCCCCCAGUGCCCACGCCCACGUCUACACCCAGCACCCUGGCUUCAGCAACCAGCAGUCCAAGAUGAUUUACAAGUGUGCUAUGUGUGACACAGUCUUCACCCACAAGCCCCUGCUCUCCUCCCACUUCGACCAGCACCUCCUCAACCAGCGGGUCAGCGUCUUCAAGUGUCCUGACUGCCCCCUGCUCUUUGCCCAGAAACGAACCAUGCUGGAGCACCUCAAG